AAGGCAAGCGGCGAGGCCUGGCCUCAAAGCACCCCAAGCCUGACACCAUGAAGAUCGCAGUCCUCCCCGCUGUGGUGCUCCUCUCUCUCCUGGCGCUCCACUCCGCUCAGGGCGCGGCCCUGGGGAGUUCGGAGGAAGAAUCCACCAUUGGUAAUUACGCAUCGGGACCUGAGGCCGUUAAUACCCAGUUCCUGAACAUCGACAAGUUACGAGCCGCUUUCAAGCCCGAAGAGUUCCUGAACUGGCACGCCCUCUUUGAGUCCAUCAAAAGGAAACUUCCUUUCCUCAACUGGGAUGCCUUUCCAAAGCUGAAAGGAAUGAGAAGUGCCACUCCUGAUGCCCAGUGACCAUCCCCUUCAAGACCCAGCGCUGUCGAUACCCAGUGAAAGAGGGCACUAGUGUGGGAUCUGAUCACCAUCCUAUAAUCACUCUUCGCUGGCUCAAUAACAAUAAAAUAUUUUCCAAACAAACA